ACUGCUGUCCGGGAAGCAGUUGUGAAAGCCAUGGACCGUUUCAAGGGUCUGCCGAUAAUGGUAUUCAGCACAGACGAGGCAUCGAACAAGGCUGUCAUUUAUGCGGGUGUACCUCCGGACGCACCCAAUGGGUUCAAGGUGUUGGAUUGGCUUACGCCUUCAAUCGCACCACUCAAGGGGAAAGGAGGCGGCGGCAAGAAUGGUCUUGCCCAGGGCCAGGGAAGUGAUGGUUCCCGGGUCAAGGAGGCCAUGGAGCUUGCUACCCAGAUAGCAUCAAUGAAGCUGGGCUGAUUGAUUUGUCGAGACUGGCCCU